UAUAGGCAAUUAAAUAUGCUGAAUUCUCAUAAUCAUCUUAUCGGGAAAAAUACUAUUCUUGUUAUCUACACGCUUUACUGAUUUUGGAUUUCUGUUUUCAAUAUUGCAUUAUAGUGAACUCGUCACUAGGAAUAUUGCUUUUUCUACAUUUUAAAUAUCGAUCGAAUAUUUUGUGAUUUAAAAUAGUGUUUUUUGUUUAAUUAAUUAAAUUAUAACCACAAUAAACAUGAAUGUUGCAAGAAAACAAUUAAACACUAUAAAAAUUUUUCAUGCAAAACUAUUGGAUACGCUAAAACGACUUCAAAAUGAUCUUGCCAAUAAUUACAACCAAGAUAUUGAACGUCUUAAAUUGGAACAAGAAUUAUUAAAAGCUGAAGUUGAAACAGAAUUAGCAAAACUUAAAAAAGAAAAGAUUCAAAUUGGAAGUGACUUAAAAAUUGAAGUAAAAAGUUCCAAUGAUAAUAUUAAUAAAGAAAACAUUUCGACUGUGAAAACAAUUGCAAAUGAUAAUACUGAUGUUAAAAAGAACAAUCCACCUUUUAAAACUGAAAAAAAACAAAAAAAAAAUAAUGCUGCUGUUCCUGCAAAAAGUACUGUCACCACACCAGUAGAUUUUGGUAGAUUAGAUUUACGUGUUGCUAAAAUUUUAAGUGCUUCCAAGCAUCCCAAUGCUGAUGCUCUGUAUGUAGAAACUAUUGAUGUGGGAGAAGAAAAACCAAGAAAUGUUGUAAGUGGAUUAGUGAAGUUUGUUCCAUUAGAAGCAAUGUCUAAUCGCAUGGUUGUAUUGUUAUGCAAUUUAAAACCAUCUAAAAUUAGAGGUGUUCUGUCUGAGGCGAUGGUAAUGUGUGCUAGUUCGCCAGAAAAUGUUGAAAUACUAGAACCACCACCAGGUUCAGUGCCAGGGGAUUAUAUUAACGUAGCUGGAUAUACAAGAUCUCCAGACAAGGUAUUGAAAGUAUUUGAAGAAAUUGCACUAGAUUUGAAGACAGAUGAGAACUUACAAGCUACCUAUAAAGGAAUUCCUUGGACUGUAGCUGAUAAAGGAGCUGUUGUAGCAAAAUCCUUAAAAGAUGUUAAAAUUAAAUAAAUAACUUACUUAACAUAAAAACAAUACUUUAUAUUUAAAUAUUUAUAUUGUAUUGUGUCAUUAUAACUAAUUUUUAUAGUAUUGUAUUGGUUGAUUAAAUCUACAAAAUACAUUAAUCUAUGAAUUUUAA